GCUCCCUCUCUCUCUUUCUCUCUUCAUCGCCCCUUUUCCUUCCACCCUUUUUCCCCUACGCUUAUAGCCCCAAACACCUCAGCUUCUCCAUCAAACAAAAAUGUAUUCUCGAGAAAAACUAUGCAGAAACCAAACCCAAAAGUCAAGAAAAAACGACAAAAAUCCGCCUUCUUUCUCCUCCACUCUCCUCGACGAAAUCUACCGCUCAAUCGACGCCAAUGCCGACAACAGAGAAGCCGCGAGAACAUCCCUCGUCGAGAAAUGGAUGGAGAAGGAGAGAGCCGCCGCCGCAAUGAGAAGAAAAAAUCAAGAACAUGUCCACGAAAACGACGUCGUUUUCUUCAGCUCCACGUCGUCGUCUUCCGACAGCUCUGGCGCCCUCUCCUCUUCCGACACCGAGUUUUUUGCCUCGGCCACCCGGUCCAAGGCGAAGCUCUCCUGCUUCACCACCCGGCCGAAACCGGUCCGGACCGGACCGGCCGAGGAUGAUUUGAUCAAGUCCAAAUCGAGGGCGUUGAAGAUUUAUGCGAAUUUGAAGAAAGUUAAGCAGCCGAUUUCUCCCGGUGGGAGGCUCACUACCUUUAUUAAUUCGCUCUUUAGCAAUGCAAGUGGGAAGAAGAUCGAAUCCCGAGACGAUAAGUCGUUGUCGUCGUCGACGGCGUGCUCGUCGGCGUCAUCGUACUCGCGGUCGUGUUUGAGCAAGUAUUCGCCUCGGGAGAAGACGAGGGACGGGGAGCGGAGAAGAGUGAGGUUUGAACCGGUCAAUGAAGAAGUCGUUGACCGGCACAAAAAUUUGGGUAGUGGGGAUUCGGGCCGGUUCGGGCGGCCUCCACUACCCCCGAUCGAGUUGAAGGUGGGCAAGAAGGCCGAGUUUAUUGCAAAAAGACAAAAUACUAAAAGAGUUGAUGUUUUAUGUACUGAUGAUGAAGAGGAUUGUCUUAGUGAUUCGAGUUCAGACUUGUUUGAGCUCGACCACCUAGCGUUUUUCGGGAGUAAUAGGUAUAGUGAGGAGCUGCCCGUGUACGAGACUACUCAUUUCGAUACGAAUUGCGCUAUUGCUAGUCGUCUCUCCCGGUGAUUAAGUUCAUUAAGGAGGAAUAAGAUGUUAUGAUGUUUUUUUAUUUAAUUUUAUAUUGUUUGGGACUAA